AUGUCGGCGGUUGAUCUCUCGGCCGGCGGCGGGUUCGCCCAGUUGGCGCGGGCCUUCGUCGACAUCCAGGCUCAAGAGUUCCUGCCGGUCCUGCCGGCGGUGGGGGUGCACGACCUCCGAGGCGCCUUGGACAACACCGGCGCACUGCUCCUGGCCGGCGUGCCAGAGGAGGUGCUCCUUAGGCUGGGGGCGUGGCGCCCGGCCCCGGAGAGCUCAAGUCGAGCCCCGGCGCCCAGCCCGGCGGAGAGCAGGCUGGCCCUCCCGCCAGGUGAGCAAGGCAUUCAGCCGGCGGCGCCCGGUGACCCGGAGUCUGCCCAGGUGCAGCCGGUCAGGGCUGACAUCCCGGUGCGGCGCGACGGCCGGCGGGCCUGCAAGAGGACGGCCCUUCAGGCAGCCUUGCCAGAGCUCCAGGCGGAGUCGCUGGCGGACCUCGACGGCGCCAUCAUGGCGCGCUCCUCGGAAGGACCCUUCCGGUCCAGGGUCCGCACCUGGGUGGACUUCACGGCGGCCUGGGCCCUGCCGGCGUGGCCGAUCUCCCUGGACUCCGUCAGGAAGGUCGCGGCGAGCAUGCGGAAGGGCAGGUACCGCUCGGCGCAGAACUACUUCGACGCGGCGGUGACCUACCAGGAACACUUCCGCGGCGAGCUGGUGGACCCGCUUGUCCGGCGGGCCAUCCGGCGUUACGCCAAGGCGGUGGUUCGUGGCCUUGCGGGGUCCAAGCUCAAGGCGAUCUUCCCGGCCAUGCGGCUGGAGCCUCUGCUGGAUCCCUCGCCGGCGUCCGCCGCGGAGCCUUGGGCCCCAUGGAAGGCGGCGCACUCGGCGGACGCCCUCCUCCUGGCGGUGUGGUUCAUGCUGCGUGAGAUCGAAUUCGCGGCGGCCCGCACCGAGGACAUGGAAGCCGGCGAGGACUGGGUCCUUCUUCGGAUUCCCCUGCACAAGACGGCGCAGGGUGGCGAGAGAGAGCUGACGGCGCGGCAGCUCCGCUGCGCUUGCGGCAUCCAGUCCCGGCCGAUGUGCCCGGCACACGCUGCGCUGCGCCACGUGUCCCGGCUGAAAGCGGCCGGCCUCUGGGUCCGAGGCGGGCCCUUGUUCCCGGACACGGCGGGCAACACCUGGGCCAAAGGAGAGACCGUCCUGCUCUUCAGGCGGGUGCUGCUGGCCGCCGGCGUGGCCCUCACCACGGUCGACCACGAGGGCCAGGUCGUGCAGCUGUUCGCUGGCCACUCGGCGAGGGUCGCCGGCGCGGCCUGGCUGGCGUCUAAGGGAGUGCCGACGGCGAUCAUCCAGUUGCUGGGCCGCUGGUCCUCCACGGCGGUGGAGCGCUAUGUUCAGGCGGCCCCGCUCGCGGUGGCCCCGGAGAUCCCCGGCCGAGUCUUGGCUGGGAGCUACGGCGGCACGCAGGCCACCGAUGAGGCUCGGCGAGCCACGGCUGGAGAUGCGGCGGAGCCGGAUGACCAGGCAGAGUUCUCCCCGGCGGUUCUGCUGGUGGACGCCCCGCCUAGGGGGCCGGCGCCCGGUGGGGUCGGACACCCGCCGGCGCGGGAGGACCUCAUCUACAAUGAGAAGGGGGCUAAGGUGCACCGGCCUGACCCGGCGGAAGCCACCACGGAGCAGUUCCUCUGGAGGUCCAGGUGCGGCGCGUGGCCGUACGGCAUCCGGCGCUUCUUCAGAGUGUCCGAGAAGCCGGCGUCAGCCGCUUGGUGCGCCCGCUGUUUCCCGGCGCCGGCUCCGGGGGAAGGUGAAGGUUCACCGACCGAGCCGGUGGACUCACCGGUGGCGUCCAGCUCGGCGUCUGAGUCGGACAGCUCGUCCUCGUGA